AUGACAUCGCCCGGAGAUGCUGCUCCGGUCAGACCUCCGCCGUCUUUCUCGCCCGGCGUUCCCCGUGUCGCAUCGAAAUCGAGAUACCCGGAUCAGCGACGCGACUCGUCUCCGGCUCUAGAUGCAGACCUGGUGGAGUCAAGAAUCGGCGCAUCCCCUCCCCCUCCGCUCGCGGCUACAACGGCGGAGCUGCCGAUCCGGUCCGCAUCGCCUCAUGCUCGCUCGCUGAGGUCGUCAACGCCGCAAUUGGCCCGAUCGUCACUCGGGUCUCCUGUCGAGGGGCGGGGAGAGGUGGCGGAGGAUAUACACUCUCUUAUUCUACGGGCCUUCUCGCCGGUGGUCGGCGUUUACGCCUCUGUGGAUACCGAUGAGUUGGUGCAACAAAAGGGGUUCAAGGGAGGUUUCUGGGAUCUCAUAAGACCAUUCGGGGAAAAUGUGCCGGGCAAACUCGUUAUCCGAGAUAGCGUUGGGGCAAGUCGUGGCUGGGAUGACUAUGGCGUGCGAUUUGUGGACUUGGGAAGCAGUAGUUGGACUACGCCCCCGGGUACGGAGCGUGUAUCGCCCCUGGCCCAGGUGGAGGAGGUUUUGGAAAAGCAAUUGAACCCAGAUGGGAGUCUGCUGGGCGGAACGCUGGGCGCUAAGGAUCUCCUUAACUUCUCCAGGACGUCCCCGUUAUAUAAAAUGUAUUUGCGCCAGCUCCUAUCGGUAGCGACCGCGACGCCACACGAGACAUUCCGUCACCCAGUCGCCAGCAUUAUCGUCAUCAGUUCGCGCAACACGUCGCCUCUCGAGACCCUCAGGCGGCUAUAUGCAGACACCAGUAACGGUGACCGAAGAUUGCCCGGGUGGAUUCAAUCUGAUUAUCUGCGAUACUAUGUCCUAGUGCACGACGAGGACAGGGAUGAUAUCACGGAGUCAACUAAGCUUUACGACCAGAUGAAGCGGCAUUUCGGACUCCACUGCCAUCUGCUACGGUUACGGAGCAAUCAGUGUGUCGUAACGGAUGACGAUAGCGUCCAAGUGCCUGAAUGCGAAUGGUUGUCGCCAUCGGAACGUCUGUCAGAUCAAGCAGCGCCCCUAGUGGAUCUCGAUACUGAUGGCCUUCCUUAUCUAUUUGACUCCGAUGUAAUGGCCAUCAAGGCUUUUGUCCGUGAAUUGGUCGCGCAGUCUGUCGUACCAUUUAUGGAGAACCGAGUAUCGGUUUGGAACGAUCAGGUGGCUUCUCGCAGGCGUGGGUUCAGCGGCCGUUUCAUGUCCAUGUCGCGACGAUGGGCAGGUUUUGGAUCGGGGUCACGGUCUAGUUUUGUAGGCUCUGGCGGUGGAGCCAGCGGAAACUAUGAUUCCGCUCAUGGAUUCUACAAACCCGACGUCCCGGAAGCUACCCUGCGCAAGAUGGCCGAUUUCGCCUUCAUGCUUCGAGACUGGAAACUGGCGGCAUCGACAUAUGAGCUGCUUCGCUCAGACUACGCAAACGACAAGGCAUGGAGGUACCACGCAGGCGCGCAUGAGAUGUGCGCCGUCAGUACACUCCUAGGUCCCAUCGCAGGACCGAACAGAACCAAACUCGAUGGGAUUGAUCAAAUGCUUGAGACUGCUUGUUAUUCUUACCUAACGCGAUGCUCUGAUGCGCCCAACGCUUUGCGCUGCCUUUGUCUGGCAAUGGAGCUGUUGAAGUUUCGUGGGGGCUCUGCUGUUGAGAGCGCGGCUAAAUGGGCCAUGCGGGCCAUGGACCUGGGUUUAGUCGGCUCUAUUGGCCAAGGUCUCUUGAGUGAACGGAUUUCAGCCUGCUACGCUUCCCGAAAACCCGUCCCGGGAGUCAAUUGGGGCUCUCGCCGGAGAAAGGCUGGCAUGUGGAGCGUUCUUGCUGCCGAUCUGUGGCUUAAACUCGGAAGACCCUCGCUAGCAUCCGCGUGCUUGGAGGAAGCAGAACGUCUGUAUGCCGAUGUCUUAGACGGAAACGGUGCAUUCCCCAUGCCGGAGAUCCAGACUUUCAUCGACAAUCUACGACACGCCGUGAGAGUGGAAUAUCUCGAGACGAGGGGAUUAGACACCCGGGACCAAAUAAUCCCGGCGGAUCCCCUGGAAACGGAAGAAACUAGCGAGAAGCUAGACAGGCGCAAGAACCGGAGAUCACUGAUGAACAAUCCGCUAGACUCAGCCGGAGGGUUCAAUCUAGAGCAAGGUAUCCGGGAUAAUGACAACCCAGCCAAUGACGAUUUUGAACGAGCAUAG